AUGCUGCGUCGAAACUCGUCUAAAUAUGAUCAGGCAUUGUCAAUUUCUGCAGAACAGGCAGCCCAGAACCUCCCUAAUCACGUCAAGAGAACGUCUCAUUGUGGAACCUGCGAAGAGAAGCCUAGCCAUCAACCCGAUUCGAGAUCGGUGUCGAUGGAUGAUGAGUCGCGCACGAAACUCUACCUAGAGAUGAUGAGAGAAAGUCUUCUCGACUUUGUUUCUAGGACCCAAAAGGUAGGCCCCAUUGAGAUCCCACUAGAACAUGUAGUGCCUCUCUUUGGUGUUUGCAAGUCAGUCUUUGAGCACACAACCGCUACUCGAGUCGACGCCACGAAAGAUUCAGCACAUCCUCAGGUCACGGCGCUCAAGAAGCUCGCCGCCAUGAUGGUCAACAGCCAGCCGGGCCCAGUCAUAUUGGACUCGGAGGAGGUCUGUUGUGUAUCAAAGCUAUCCUCAUACCUUGAAAAUCCUCUGUCACAUCUCUCACAACGGGAUCCUUCACUUGAUACACCACAAUUUGUUGCAGUACAGUCUGCCCCAGCAGCAAAAGUCAAAGCCCCGAAGACCAAAAGCAUAUGCAACACUACAUCAUCAACUGUAUCUGAGAGUAUCCACAAGGAUAAACUUGUGGACCUUGAAGAGGAGGCAGCCAUGAAUUCAAGUGAGAAUGAAAUUAUGGAUCGCAUCACAACCAUCUACAAGACAUCGUUUCCUGAAACAUUUACCAACAUUUCGGACGAUCUUGACACCGCGAAAGGCAGAGCAUUGAAGGGAUACGUUGAUAUUAUAGAUGAUGGUCUCAACACCAUGAGGAAAGCGGAGAACACAACCCUGGAACAAUUAUAGUCGACG